GUCGAACGUGUACGAAGAUAAUCGAAUUAUCGUCGCUUUGAGGAGCAGCGUCCGUGGAUGAUCUGAUCACGUACCUGAUGAACAGAUCGCCAGCGAUGCGAGCGGCUUUCGAAGGGUAACGAGGCAGCCGUCGAACGAUUCAAUAAAAUGACGAUGGAUGUGAGCAAAAGCGAGCCAAGCAAGAAGGGUGCCACGCAACAGGAAUGCGCGGGCUGCGGCAAACCGAUCACCGAAAGGUACCUCCUAAACGCGGUGGACAUGUACUGGCACGAGGACUGCCUGAAGUGUAGCUGCUGUGCGUGCAGGCUCGUCGAGGUUGGAACGACGUUGUACACCAAGUCCAACCUGAUACUCUGCAAAAGGGACUAUUUAAGACUGUUCGGGAGCACCGGACACUGCGCGGCCUGUAACAAAUCCAUACCCGCCUUCGAGUUAGUGAUGAGGGCAAGGACCAAUGUUUACCACUUGGAAUGUUUCGCCUGUCAGCAGUGCAACCACAGAUUCUGCAUCGGCGACAGAUUCUACUUAUACGAGAACAAAAUCCUGUGCGAGUACGACUACGAGGAAAGACUGGUUUUCGCGAACAUGGCGGUGCAUCCGCCACCAACGGCGACCCUGGCGCAAAUUAAGAGACAAGUGACGCAUCUUCAACCCCAGACCAUAUCCACGGGAAGCCCGCAGAGACACGCAAACGGAGAGGCGACCCACAACCACAAUGGGUAUCCCGCGCCGGCGAGCACCAGCGCCCAUAACAUCCUGAACCCCAUGAAUAAUUUAAACGGUAUCAAUGCACAAACAGCUUACGAUACCAAAUGACAAACGAAGUAAGCACCGGCUUGCUGACCGAGUCGCGAGAGCGUUGCCAAAUUUAUUUAACGACGCGAACGUCUUCUCUGUCAACACCAUCGCUACCGCACUGAAAACGUUCGACGGUUCGCUCGUUAUUGGAUCCUCGAGUAUUCGCGACCGGGACUAUUACCCGAACGUAGUGAACUUCCGUUUGAACGGCGGGAAACUCUGUGUAAAUCUAGAAACUCGUGAAAAUUCUCAGCAAUACUGCUCGGACCGAGGAAAGAAUUGACUCGGUAAGCGGUGUAAAAUGGUGGACACGUUUGCAACACUGCUCAGUUUACCCUUACAACUCCGCCGUGUUGUAACUGCACAAUAAUUUACAAUUUCGACACUCGCAAUACAAAUGAAUUCAUAAUUCAAAAUUAAAGUGUAUCUGCCACAGUAUUAUUGUUAGGUUAUCCAGAAAUGAAUUGCCAAAAGACUAUCGUGUCGCUAGGUAUUCGAAGUUCCAAGUGUUCACAGCGGAAAAUCUUCCGCAAUGAUCACAUCGAGUGAGAGAUUUCUCGAGUCAAUCCUUUCCCUGGUUCGAUCAUACGUCUAAGGCGACGCUACGCCGCAAUUUCCUAAAACGAACGUCGCUGAACCCCCUUGGCACGAGUUCCACGCCGCGGAGAAGCGAACGCCAGUUUCCGCUCGUUCGCGCGCGACUUCGUCGAACUCCUCUGUCCACGGCGGAACCCCCCGAAUGUGUUUACCGCAACGAACCGCUGGCGGGUGGUUUAGCGACCCUCUUAAGGCUGUACGAAUCGAGCGCGCGGAACUAUUGGUGCUGUUUAGACGAAGUUUAAUUGUUCGAAUUUCGCAGGCUAAAGUAGACUCUAAAAAUCAAGCGGAUAGCGGGUGAAGGUCUGGGGGAUGAAACGGACAGAGCGAAUCGAAAGCGAAGAGAAAGAGA